AUGGAGGAAUCACUAGAUGAGCGGUUACGGAAAGUGCGCGAGAAGAAUUCGAAUGAGUUGGUUGGCUCCCACAUCACCCUCAUCAACUUUCUGCGCGGCAUGAUCGGACCCGGCUGUUUUUCGGUGCCGUUAGCGUUGAAAUUUGCCGGGUUAUGGACCGGUUUCGCCCUAAUCUUCAUCAUCGGCCUCAUAACCACCAUCAACAUGUCAAAACUCGUGCGGUGUUCACAAUAUCUAUGCGCACUAACAAAUACCGGUGCUCUAAACUACGGUAAUAUGACCGAAGAGGCCUUCAAACAGAGCUUUCCACGCCUGCAGCGACAUUCCCUGGCGGCAAAACUCUUCAUCAACAUCUCCCUGUUUAUCCUGCAACUCGGCGUCUGCUCCGUCGCCUACAUUUUCAUGGUCGACCACUUGCAUGAAGUGUUGAACCAUUUGUGGCCAAACCACGGCCUCACCGACAAAGAUCUCAUCCUCAUCGCAUUUAUCCCGUAUUGUUUUGAGGUCUCAAUCCGAAAUUUCUGGAUCCUGAGCGCCGUUUCGGUGGUGGGGAACUGCUUCAUGAUCGUGGCGCUGGUGACGAUAUUUGUGAAACUCGUCCUCUCCCGCAACAUGAUCCCCGAACUACCAGUGUCCACCGACUUCAACGGAUUCAUGCUGGCAGCCGGCUCUAUUUUAUAUGCGUUCGAGGGACAAGCCGUGGUAUUGCCCAUCGAGAACAAACUCAAACACGCAUCCGAGAUGAAUGGCUACACGGGGAUACUCACGACAGGAAUGACGCUAACUACCGUAACCUACGCAUUUUGCGGAUUUUUCGGGUAUAUCGUUUAUGGGCCAAGAGUGGAGGGAAGCAUUACGCUGAAUAUGCCAUCGGAUUCCAGCGUCGUAUUUGCCGUAAAAUGCUUAUUGAUGGUCAUUGUCUUUUCCGGGUAUUUGCUGCAACACUAUGUCAUCGUGGAGAUGUACAUCCCGGAAAUGUGGGCCUAUUUGCGGAAAAAGGGAUAUCGUUACCGUACCAUCAUGGCCAUUGAGUAUGCUAAUCGAUACGCCAUUCUUCUAUUGUCAAUGGGCCUCGCGUUGGCCGUCCCAAAUCUCGGCGAUAUCAUCUCGCUAAUCGGGGUGUCAAUUGGCAUGAUGUUAGCGAUGGUCAUACCUCCGUUGAUUGAGUGGGUCACGUUCCUCCCGGUCUGGCUGCGCGAGAAUCGCCGUAAGGAAAUGUGGCUCCAGUCCGCCUUCAACGUCUUCUCAAUAUGCGUCGGUCUCGUGUUUAUGGUGUUCGGCCUCAAGUCGAACAUUCAGAAUAUGACAAGCAAG